AUGUCAUUCAAGAAGCAUCUCAUCAUCAGUACGUUGAUUCGUGUUUUCCUCAUAUAUUAUGGCGAAGUGCAGGAUAGUUUGUCGGACGUGCAAUACACAGACGUGGAUUAUCGCGUGGUCACCGAUGGCGCUAAUCACGUGCUAGCCUUAGGAUCUCCGUUCAAAAGACAUACCUAUAGGUACACUCCCUUGUUGGCCUAUCUGGUACUACCGAACUUACUGAUACAUCCGAGCUUUGGCAAGUUCAUAUUUUCGCUGUUCGACAUCCUUAUAGGCGUGCUCAUCAAAUGGAUAUUGCUGAAUUGCUAUCGUAGCAAUAAAAUAUCAAUCGAAACCAAGCUACUCAAACUGGAAACGCUAAACAAUCGAAACAAAUAUUUGAUCAAGCGCAAAAAUGAAAUUCUAAACAGUAACAAUGAAGCGCUGCCUCCAAAGUACAUCCGGAUGGCAGAACUCAGUGCCUACUGCUGGCUAUACAACCCGCUCACCAUGAUCAUAGCAACACGCGGCAAUGGUGACUGUGUUUCAUGUUCGCUCGUCCUUCUAUCCAUCUACUUUCUGCUAAAGAACGAGCAAACUAGCAUGCAGCAUUUUAUCGCCGGGUUGUUUCUUGGCCUAUCGAUUCAUUUUCGGCUAUAUCCCAUCGGGUUCUGUCUGGCGUUCUAUCUCGCCACGCAAAAUCGAACGCUAGAGAAAUGGCCCGAUGUCGUACGCAACAUUUUACAACCAAAUGCGAAGCAAAUUGCCCUCGUGUUGGGCACCGUUGUAGCGUUCGGUUCCUCCACGGCGUUAUUUUACUGGUUGUACGGUUAUCAAUUCCUAUACGAAUCUAUGCUCUACCAUCUAGUACGAAAAGACACGAGACACAACUUCUCGCUCUACUUCUAUCUGCAAUAUCUGAGUUCCACGUUCGAUGUAACAAUCCUCGAAAAGGUUCUUACCUUUUUGCCGCAGCUCAUACUCAUUCUGAUGCUCACCGUGCGGUAUGGACAACACAGACAAACGCUAGCGUUUGGACUUUUUGCGAUCGCGUUCGUAAUGGUCACGUACAAUCCGGUCGUCACAUCGCAGUACUUCGUCUGGUUCCUGUCGCUAUUGCCGUUGUGCGUGAAAAAUUUUCGAAACAUCGGUAUUCGGAAAGCUGUUUUCAUCCCAGUAAUGUGGUUCAUCUCGCAGGGCGGCUGGCUGUUGCCAGCCUAUUUGCUGGAGUUCAAAGGCUGGAACACGUUCGAAUACAUCUGGAUACAAAGUAUUGUUUUCUUCUUUUCCAACGUGCUGAUUUUGCAGAUGCUUAUUAGCAACUAUGACAUUGCUUAUAAUUAUAAAAUUGAUUAA